CCGCAGGCAAGGAUAAAAUGAGCCUGUCUUCUCGGGGCCAUGGCAAACCUGGAGUCCAGGCUCAAGAAUGCCCCGUACUUUCGCUGUGAGAAGGGGAAUGAUUCUCUCCCUGUGUGCCAGAAGUGUGAGACGUGCAUCCUGGCCUGGAAGAUCUUCUCCACGCGAGAGUGGUUCUGGAGGGUGGAUGCUGGGUUCCAGAGGAGGUUCCUGGUGAGUGUCCUGCAGCAACUGGACAGCCCGUACUUGUUACACUACUUCCUAACCCUCCUGCAGACCACACAGGGCAAGGACCUCGUCUACCACAGGACCCGGGUCGACCUGAGCAGGAAGGAGGGCAAGAUGAUCCAGUCCUGGAAUCAAACGCUGGAUGAGACGGUGGAGCAGAAGAUGCGGGAGGCUCUGCGUUGGCUCCAGAACAGCAGCCAGCGGACGAAGGCCAACUACACACUCCUGCUGCUGCAGAUGUGUGACCCCGGAUUGCUGCUCACCGCCACUGAUGUCAUCAGAGUCCUGUUUCUGAGAGAGUGGGGUGACGCCUCAGGGACUGACCCAGACUUUACCAACAUGUUUUUAAUCCCUGAGAAAGGCCACGUACACUCGUGCGACACCUCACAAGUCUGCUGGGCAGCCAGAACCAGGCACACAACCUUCCCGUUGUCCAAAGCUGCAGGAAAAGCAAGCUUGCAUGACUUCGUGCGGCGGGGAGCAGCCACUGCUGAAAUGCAGUGGAAGAGUUCGCUCCAGUGUAUUUCCGAGAUGAACAGGCUAUUUUCUGAAAAAGCCAAAUCAGGCUUGGCCCCGGCCCCUGAUGUGCUGCUGGAGCUGGAUACCGUCAGAGAACUGUCCUCUGGGGUCAGCAGGUACUGCGACUUCAUCCGCCAGCUGCCCAUCCACCUCUCCAAGUAUAUUCUAAGUUUGCUGGAUAGGAGCACCUUGAACAGGUGUAGCUUUGUGAGCCAGCACUGGGCGGCGCUAGCACAGCAGGUCAAGACCGACCUGUCCAUGCACUCCUUCAUCCAGCACCAGAUCACCUUCCUGCAGGGGUCCUACACCAGGGGAAUAGACCCUAGUUACGCCAGCAAGGUUAUUAUCCCAAUUCCGAAAAUGACGGAUGAUGGGAAGCGCCUACGUGUGAAAAAUCAGAAGUGGAAACUGAGAACGAAGAAUGACUAUAACUUGUGGACUGCGUACCAGAACCAGGAGACUCAGCAGGUGCAGAUGGAGGAGAGGAAUGUCUUCUGUGGCUCUUACAACAUCCGCAUCCUCUCUGACACGUGGGACCGAAACAGAAUCAUCCACUAUUCUGGGGGAGAUUUGUUAGCCGUGUCAUCCAAUCGAAAGAUCCAGCUUCUGGACAUCAUACGUGUAAAGGAGAUACCCAUCAGGUUUCGAGGCCAUGCUGGGAGUGUCCGGGCCCUCUUCUUGUGUGAAGAAGAAAACUUUCUCCUGAGUGGGAGUUAUGACCUGAGUAUCAGAUACUGGGAUCUGAAAAGUGGGGCUUGUAUACGUAUCUUCAAUGGCCACCAGGGGACCAUCACCUGCAUGGAUGUGUAUAAGAACAAGCUCGCCUCUGGAGCAAAAGAUUGCCAGGUAAAAGAGUGGGAUAUAGAGACAGGGAAGUGCCUAAAGACCUUCAAACACAAAGACCCCAUCCUGGACACCAGGAUCAAUGACACCUAUAUCGUGAGCAGCUGUGAGAAAGGCUUGGUCAAAGUGUGGCACAUGGUCACGGCCCAGCUGGUAAAGACGCUCAAUGGCCACGAGGGGGCUGUGAAAUGUCUAUACUUCGACCAGUGGCAUCUCCUGUCGGGAAGCACUGAUGGCCUGGUCAUGGCCUGGAGCAUGGUGGGAAAGUACGAGCGGUGCCUCAUGGCCUUCAAGCAUCCAAAGGAGGUUCUCCAUGUGGCCCUUCUCUUCCUCCGGGUCAUCAGUGCUUGUGCCGAUGGCAAGAUCCGCAUUUACAAUUUCCUAAACGGGAACUGUCUGAAGGUGAUGAAAGCCAAUGGCAGAGGUGAUCCUGUGCUGUCCUUCUUUAUUCAGGGAAACAGGAUGGUGAUCAACACGGAGAGCAACAUCCUCCUGUUUCAGUUUGAGAAUAUCAAGUGGCAGUACUCAGUGGAGCGGGCCAAACAAAAGAAGAAGGACAGAGAGGAGGACAGGGAAGAAAACAGCUUUGCAGAAGUCCUCUCCAAGUCUAGCACCCAGGUCUACAGUCCAAGGGAUUCUGUGUCCAGCAAGCAGACAGCCCAGGAGUCCCUGUUAAGCAAACCUCACAGGUCCCGCAUCUUCCGGAGGACAUCCAGAUUACCUACAGGUGUGUUAACGGAAACACCUCCAAGUCCAGGAAAGCCAAAGUCACCCUGGAAAGAUGCAGAUGAUAUGGAGAAAUUACCAAAACAAAGGUAUCUGGGAAUUUCAGGAGACUUGAUCAGUCGCUCAAAGAAGUCCUGGGGCAUUCCCAUGUCACCUGACCAGUUCCUCCUGACCGUGAACGCCCUGCAGAAAGCCCAUAAUUCUGGGGAGUUUGCCUAUCCCCGGAGGCCCCAGGCCCAGAUCAUCGAUGUCUGGGGACCUUCCAUUCCAUACCCAAGGAAGGUCUUGAGUUUGAAGGGCCAAGUGGUCCAACAAGCAGUUGACCGACUGAGAUUCAGCACUCCUCCCAUAGAAGUGAAGCAGACCAAUAUUCCCCUCAAAAUCCAGAAGCUUCAGCCCAACCUGAAGAAGUCUGUACAUGGCCCCCGAGUGCAGUCCACCAUCCCCCAGCCGGUGCUUAUCUGCCCCAAGUUCCGUGGUGGCUCGAAGGGCGAAGACCGGGCGACCAGUUCAACUGACGGAGUGCGCAACUUCAGCCCCUUAACCAGCACGCAGGUCAUCAAGCCAAACCGCAUGCUGGCUCCGCUCGCGAGCACGGCAGCCCAGGCUGCCAAGAAAGAACGGCCCCGCUUCUGCUCUGCCCUUGACCCCUUACGAGUGAACACAGAGUUCAUGCUGCUGACUGUGAAGGAGCAGAAAGAGUAUAGGGAGGCCAGGAUGAAAGAGUUUCAGGCCACAAAGCCAGUUGGAGCGGUCGAUCCAGAAAAGGCCAGCAGAGCUGCAUGGAUCAGGAAGAUCAAAGGUCUGCCCAUCGACAACUUCAUGAAGCUGGGGAAAACUGCGGCCCCUGAACUUGGACAAAAUGUGUUUAUUUGA